GGUGGAUUAAGUGAAGUUUAAUUAUUUACACUCGCAGUGAUUAUAUGAAACGAAAACAACAUUUUAAAAAAAGUAUUUAAAAAUCAAUAAUUAAGAAAAAAAUUCAGUGUGCUGAAACAUCUUCAAAAAAAAAAGAUCUAAUCAUGUAGAAGAAAAAAGAUGCGAAUACUGAAACAUUAGUGAUAAAUAAAUUCGAAUUAAUUCAUAUGCCAUAGAAUAGGAUUAUUAAAAGCCAAAAAUCAAACGAUUUCUAAUUUUAAAAAUAUACAAAACGAUGAAAAUGCAAUUAAAAAAGCAAUUAUUUGGAUUAAGUCUUAUAAUAAGUCUUCUAAUAUCAAACUGUAGGUGUAAUGAUAUCAUAAAUGUUGGUGAGAAGACAGAAAUUGUACCGACAACGUUACUUCUUCCUACAAUAGCAACAACAGCAACUACAUUAUCAACACAAAUGGUAUUAGAAAAAGACUCAACGGAGCAAAUGAAUUAUAAAAAUAUUGUAAUGUCACUAUAUGUACCAGUUACAAAACUAGGACCAUGUCGUUAUAUUGAUGGUACACGUAAACAAAACCAUCAGUGUAGAAGAGACCCUGGAUUAGCGGAUGCACUCAGGGAUGCAAAAAAAAUUGCAAUGAGCCAUUGUGAAGAACAAUUUAAAUUUGAUCGAUGGAAUUGCUCGAUUGAGACGAAGGGAAAACGAAAUAUUUUUAAGAAGGUUUACAAAGAAACUGCAUUUGUUCAUGCUCUAACAGCGGCAGCUCUCACUUAUCAGAUAUCUCGAGCAUGCGCUGAAGGUAAAAUGUCACGAUGCCAAUGUGCAACUGAACGUCGUCCUGCAAUAACUGAUGCUACCGGUGCAAAAAAGUUUCAAUGGGGUGGAUGCAGUGACAAUGUGAAGCAUGGAAAGCGUGUAGCACGUAACUUUUUAGAGUUACAACCAAUUGACACUGAUGGUGAUGAAAUUUUUGAAAUUUUGCGACAUGAUGGUGAAGUUGGAAUAGCUACAUUAACUGGUGAUAUGGAAAAUAAAUGCAAAUGCCAUGGUGUUUCGGGGAGUUGCUCAAUGAAAACAUGUUGGCGAAAGUUGAGUGAUUUUAACGCAACAGCAGCUGCAUUGCGAGUGAAGUAUCAUCAAGCACUCAGAAAAAUUUCAUAUGCUAAAGCGUCACGUCGUGCCGCGAAACGAGAACAACGAGAACGAGUUGUGACGAUUGGAACAGGCUUCAAUGGGAGAAAAAAUUUUGGUAUUCUUGAGAGCACUGAUCCUGACUACGAGACAUUAUUUUAUCUUGAGCAGUCACCAACGUUUUGUGCACUCACAAAAGGGCGCCAAUGCAGUAGUCCAGAAAAUUGUGCAACUCUUUGCUGCGGACGUGGUUAUACCACGCGCGUCAUUAAGCAAGUGGAAAAAUGUAAAUGUCGCUUUUCAAAUGGCCGUUGUUGUACAAUCAUUUGUGAUUAUUGUGAGCGAUAUGAAGAUCGAUAUUACUGUAAAUAAAUGUCAUAACUUGGUUUUAAUAUCACUUUUUGAGUAAUGAAAAUUUGUCAGUUGGAAAUUGUGGACAAUAUAAAUGAUUUAUCAAAUUCAACUAAUGAUAGUCAUUGAGGACAACAAAAUAUGCUUUCCUUUUUAUAAUUUUUACAGUUUGAUUUAAUUACACGCUUUUUCAAAUUAGUCAGCAAAACACAUGGAUUGAAUAUUUUAGUAAAUUCCAAAUUAUGCGUCACGACACACCAGUUAAUCGCAAGAAUCUCUAGUUAUGUCUAGCUGUGUCACAAGAUUUUUCAUGAAUGGCCAAAUAAAACCUAUUUUUGUAUUAAAGCUUCAAAAAAAUAUCGCAAAACUCAUUUUUGAAGUUUGGAAAAAAUCGCCAAUUAAAAAGGAGUAUUGUUCUUAAACUGAUAUUUUAAAGUCAGUAUUGAUUAAUGAAAAUUAAUCUUUAGAUUAUUUGUUAAACAUCAAAUUUAAUUUUGUGAAUAUAUUCAUAUCCUUCCUAAGGAGUUUUUAAUAUUUUUCAG